AAUACUAGAGGCGGGGCCCAGCUUAUAUGUCCUUGACAAACCACUCACGCUCCUCACAGCGUACCUCGUUCCUGAGCUCAAAGAAGGUAACUCUGAACACGUGCAGGAACAUGGAAUAUGUUAUGUUGUGUCAGAAGCUUAAUCAAAGUGUCAUGUUUUCCCUCAUAAGAAAAAGUCGGCAAAUACAUUCAGUGAAUAGAAGGAUGUUUUCGUAUUCUCGGCUUCUGUGCCAAAGGAAAGAAAAACGUAAUAUGAAGGCUCAAAAACUGUCAGAGAAGCGGCAGUACAAUGAUCAUUCAGAUUCAGUGUCCGUGGCCAUUCAGAUGAUGUCAAAUAAGCUUCGUAUGCAUUCUAAACAUGGAAGUUUUGAGAAGAAAAUAAUUUCAGGGAACGAACUUAAAAGUGCUUUGGAAGAAAUAUCAUUGGACACAGAAGCAUCUUUGAACAAAACUAGAUAUGAAAUGUCAUCGAAUGACAUGAUCGAUGAGGAUAAACUGGAUGAUGAAAUGGAUGAUGAUGGAUAUUAUGUUGAAACCAUAACACUGGAAGAUGACUACACGGAAUCAACAAGCAGGAAAAGUACAAAGAGACAAGUGAGAAUCUCGGGCCAUCCAGAUCCAUCAGUGCCUAAGAGUAACAUUCCCUGCUGUGGGUGUGGUGCGGAGCUUCACUGUCAAGACACUAUAAUACCUGGGUAUAUGCCAAGUGAAAAAUUCAAAACUUUGACCAGAAAUGAGCUAAAGCAGUCAGUGUGUCAGAGAUGCCAUUUGAUGACACAUCACGAAUUAUGUUUAAAUGUAAAAGUUGAUGCAAACGAAUACCCACAAAUUAUAUCAAAAAUCAAACAAGAACGAGGUUUAGUUGUUGUUAUUGUUGAUCUGAUGGAUAUUACAAAUAGUAUAUUUCCUGAUCUUUUGAAAUAUAUUGGAAGAAGUAGACCAUUGUUUAUUGUUGGUAACAAAGUUGAUCUGGUUCCAAAAGACCAAGCAGGAUAUUUAAGAUCUGUCCGCCAGACUUUAUUUGAAGAGUGUGAAAAAGCUGGGCUCAACUACAAAGGAAGUAACAUUAAACAUGUGUGCCUCAUCAGUGCCAAGACUGGAUAUGGAAUAGAAGAACUUGUGACGAAGCUGAUGCAGGAUUGGCAACGGCAAGGUCACGUGUUCCUAGUGGGCUGCACCAAUGUGGGCAAGUCUUCUGUCUUCAACGCCCUUCUUCAGACUGACUACUGCAAGGCCAAGGUGCGAGACGUCAUUCAACGGGCCACCAUCUCAGUAUGGCCAGGAACAACCCUGAAUCUACUGAAGUUCCCCAUCAUCCAGCCCGAAGGCUGGCGCAUCCAUAAACGCUUGCAGAAGCUGCAGCAGACUAGGUCAGAGCAUGAGGAAGAGGUUAAGCUGCAGAGGACCAAAUUGAAGGAGAAGGGAAUGCCGAAAUAUGCCCCACUCCAAGAUUCCCGCUUAGAGCAAGAAGUGAAGAAGAAAGAGAAGGACCUGGAUUACGAAGGGCAAGAACUUGUGAGCUUCUCAAUGUCAAGGUCAGGAAACCUUCAGGAACUGUCUGGUCGCCAAAACAACAGAGCAUGCCAACCCCAUGACAUGUCUGUGCUCGGGAAGUUGUCACAGAGCAGAUGGACGUAUGACACACCAGGUGUGGUCAACCCGCAACAGAUUCUGACCCUGCUGACCCCAGAGGAGUUGAAAGUCAUCCUUCACAAGGUGGUGUCAGCACCACGCGUGUUUGUCCUGAACCAGUCACAGACGCUGUUUGUCUCAGGCCUCAGCAGGAUUGACUAUUGUCAGGGUGAGCGGUCAAUAUUCCUCACAGUGCACUGUUCCCCUGACCUCCCUGUACAUGUGAAGGACACAGUUGAUGCUGACAGCUUCUAUGAAGAGAAGAUCGGGACUAAAGCAUUUGCUGUCCCAGUGCCUGAGAGUGAUUGGAUGGAGCGCCUGCCAGCUCUGAUUGGACAAGAGUUUCGCAUGACCGGGAUUGGAUGGGAUACAGCUGUUGGCGACCUGCAGCUGUCGUCUCUAGGCUGGGUGUCUGUGAUGGUUGUAUAUUUCAGGAUGGGUGUCUGUGAUGGCUGUAUAUUUCAGGAUGGGUGUCUGUGAUGGUUGUAUAUUUCAGGAUGGGUGUCUGUGAUGGUUGUAUAUUUCAGGAUGGGUGUCUGUGAUGGUUGUAUAUUUCAGGAUGGGUGUCUGUGAUGGUUGUAUAUUUCAGGCUGGGUGUCUGUGAUGGCUGUAUAUUUCAGACUGGGUGUCUGUGAUGGUUGUAUAUUUCAGGAUGGUGUCUGUGAUGGCUGUAUAUUUCAGACUGGGUGUCUGUGAUGGUUGUAUAUUUCAGGAUGGGUGUCUGUGAUGGUUGUAUAUUUCAGGAUGGGUGUCUGUGGUUGUUGUAUAUUUCAGGAUGGUGUCUGUGAUGGUUGUAUAUUUCAGGCUUGGUGUCUGUGAUGGUUGUAUAUUUCAGGCUGGGUGUCUGUGAUGGCCCACAGGGACAUGGAGGUGAGACUUCGGGGGUACACCCCAGGUGGGCGUGGCUGCCACAUGAGGGUACCAGCACUCCUCCCAAACGUCCUGGCUUUCAGGGGGAAGAGGGCCAAGAAGUCAAG